UUUUUUUCUCCCGCAUGUCAUUCGAAAGCCUUUAUUAAAAGUAUCAAUGUUGAAGGUAUAUUGGUAUUGCAAGAAGUUUUUUUGGUUUCUAAAUUUUCGUUUAGCCAAGGUUUUGUUUCUCUUUUGUGACUAUUUGAAAUUAAAACCCUCAAGCAUUACCAAAAAGAUGAGGCCUUAAAGCAAAUAUGCCUUAACUCACAAGAUUCUCUGUCUCUCUCUUCCCUCUUUUUCUUAUUCUUUCUCUUUCUUUUUUUGUCCUCUUUCUCCUAAACUCUUUCGAAUCUCUUUUUUUCUUUUUCUUUCUGGCUUCUCCAUCAGGAAGAUUCCGAUGAGAAACUCGCCGUCCAAGAACGGGUCGGCGGGAGGGCAUUCUCGUACUUAUACAGACACAAUCUGGUCUCCCUUUGUCAAGUCAGGUUUGGGAAUAUCUCCCAACAGAUCCUACGCCCUAGUCUCCCUCCUCAUCCUCCUCAUAGUCGGCGCUUUUAUCUCCACGCGCCUCCUCCUCGACACCACCGUUCUGCUAGAGAAAAAAGCCGCGACGACGACGACGACUAAAACCCAAACUCAGACGAUAACCCCAAAAUACCCUCGACCAACCACGGUAAUUACUCAAAGCCCUAAACCGGAGUUCACACUACACUGCUCCGCCAACGAAACCACCGCGUCAUGUCCGAGUAACAAAUACCCGACGACAACGAGCUUCGAAGAUGAUGAUACAAACCAUCCUCCGACCGCCACGUGUCCUGAUUACUUCCGUUGGAUUCACGAGGAUCUCCGUCCAUGGUCGAGGACGGGAAUCACGAGGGAAGCAUUGGAGCGAGCUAAAAAGACGGCGACUUUCCGGCUAGCGAUCGUCGGCGGGAAAAUUUACGUCGAGAAAUUUCAAGAUGCAUUUCAGACAAGAGACGUGUUCACAAUCUGGGGUUUCUUACAGCUUUUACGGAAGUACCCUGGGAAGAUUCCAGAUCUCGAGCUUAUGUUUGACUGCGUUGACUGGCCGGUCGUUAGAGCUACGGAAUUCGCCGGAGCUAACGCGCCGUCGCCUCCGCCGCUGUUUCGUUACUGUGGGAAUGAGGAGACGCUUGAUAUCGUGUUUCCUGAUUGGUCCUUCUGGGGAUGGGCGGAGGUGAAUAUAAAGCCAUGGGAGAGUUUGUUGAAGGAACUAAGAGAAGGGAAUGAGAGGACUAAAUGGAUUAACAGAGAGCCGUAUGCUUAUUGGAAAGGUAAUCCAAUGGUCGCAGAGACACGACAAGAUCUUAUGAAAUGUAAUGUCUCUGAGGAACACGAGUGGAACGCUCGUUUGUAUGCUCAGGAUUGGAUCAAAGAAUCAAAGGAAGGUUACAAGCAAUCAGACUUGGCAAGCCAAUGCCAUCACAGAUACAAGAUAUAUAUAGAAGGGUCUGCAUGGUCCGUUAGCGAGAAGUACAUUUUGGCGUGUGACUCUGUGACUCUGCUAGUGAAACCUCAUUACUAUGAUUUCUUUACUAGAGGUUUGCUUCCAGCUCACCAUUAUUGGCCCGUUAGAGAGCACGAUAAGUGCCGCUCCAUCAAAUUCGCCGUUGAUUGGGGUAACUCUCACAUUCAAAAGGCACAGGAUAUUGGAAAGGCGGCCAGCGAUUUUAUCCAACAAGACCUCAAGAUGGACUAUGUGUAUGACUACAUGUACCAUCUUUUAACCGAAUACUCGAAACUCCUCCAGUUUAAACCCGAGAUUCCGCGGAAUGCCGUGGAGAUUUGCUCGGAAACAAUGGCAUGUCUGAGGAGUGGGAAUGAGCGGAAGUUCAUGACAGAAUCACUCGUGAAGCAACCUGCGGAUUCUGGUCCGUGUGCCAUGCCUCCUCCUUAUGAUCCGGCUACGUAUUACGAGGUUGUGAAGAGGAAACAGAGUACUAAUAUGAGAAUCCUACAGUGGGAAAUGAAGUACUGGAGUAAGCAGAAUCAAACCGGCUCUUGAAUUUUUCAUCUUCAUUUCGGUUUUGGUUUGUGUAGAGAAAAAAGAAAAUAUAUAUACGUAUAACCAAUGUUGUAGAUUACUAGAUUUAUGUUUCAAGUUUAGGUUAUUUCACACGAAACUCAAAAUGACCAAAUUUCAUGUAAUAGCUUUAGAAAGAUGAAAUAUUAUUUACGAGCUGAUGUCGUUUCUUAGGUUUCCAU